AUGUCCAAAAACCUCCUCCGUGUUCCGUACACAACUCCCUUCCCACCGCCGAUCAUAAUCCCACGCAGCGCAAAUACCAGCAGCCGAGCAAUCCAACCAUUGAUAGAGUUCUUAACCGCGCCACCAUCUCGCCAUCUUAAGCACGAUGAGGCACGUAAUGACAAGACGGUUCUGCUUACGGGCGCAGGAAUAUCGGUAGCAUCGGGCCUAGCGGAUUACAGGGGGAAGAACGGGACCUACACGCUGAACAAAACGUACCGACCAAUUUACUUCAAUGAGUUCUGUUCGAAUCAUGAAGCAAGGAAAAGGUACUGGGCGCGGAGUUUUCUGGGCUGGACCAACUUGCACAAGGCGAGGCCGAAUACUGCACACUAUGCUGUUGGCAGACUAGGGGAGCUAGGGAAGGUUGGCGGUGUGAUUACACAAAAUGUCGACUCUUUCCACCCAACCGCACACCCUCACCUCCCAACCCUCGAGCUCCACGGCUACCUCCGCUCGCUAGUCUGCUUAACCUGCCGCAAUGAGUACUCUCGCGCCGAUUUCCAGCGCCAGCUAUCCACUCUAAACCCAGCAUGGGCAGCCUUCCUCCAAGAAGUCCUCGCAUCCGGCGCGCUUGACACUGAGAACCCCGACGAGCGGCGCAAGAAAGGCUUGAGGACGAACCCAGACGGUGAUGUGGAUAUACCCGGUGCACCAUACAGUACCUUCAGGUAUCCGGCGUGUCCGACAUGCCUGGCCAACGAGAUGAGCGGGAGGAUACAGACCGACAAAGAUGGUGGGUGGUUACCUUCCAGCACAGCGGGCAUACUGAAGCCUGCGGUUAUCAUGUUCGGGGAGUCUAUACCGGGCCCGGUCAAGGAGGCUGCGGAAGAGGCUGUGGAUACGUCCUCUCGCAUCUUGGUGAUUGGGAGCAGUUUGGCGACGUAUUCGGCCUGGAGGUUGGUUAAGAAAGCGAAAGAGAAUGGGAUGCCGAUUGGAAUACUUAACAUUGGCGGCGUGAGGGGUGAAGAGACAUUCUUCGCUGAUGUGCCGCCUAGUAAUACAGGAAGAGAAGCCGUUAGACUCAGUGAGAGUGCGGAUCAGGUAUUGCCGGAAGUGGUUAAGAUGUUAGAACGGCAAAGGCCGGCCAUGAAUGCGAAGAGAGCGCAGGUAGGCGCAAGCAUCUAG